AUGGACCACCCCACCAACAUCCGAAACAUGUCGGUUAUCGCUCACGUCGACCACGGUAAAUCUACCCUUACCGACUCUUUGGUCUCAAAGGCCGGUAUCAUUGCUUCUUCCAAAGCUGGUGAGAUGCGAUUUACCGACACACGUCAAGAUGAGAUUGACCGAGGUAUCACUAUCAAGUCAACUGCUAUCUCCAUGUACUUCCCCCUCCCCAAAGAGGAUGUAGAUGACAUCGCUCAAAAGACUGAGGGAAACGAGUUCUUGAUCAACUUGAUCGACUCCCCCGGUCACGUCGAUUUCUCAUCAGAAGUUACUGCUGCUCUUCGAGUCACUGACGGUGCCCUUGUCGUUGUUGACUGUGUUGAGGGUGUUUGUGUUCAAACCGAGACUGUGCUCCGACAAUCUCUUGGUGAGCGAGUCAAGCCUGUUCUUAUCAUCAACAAGGUCGACCGAGCUCUUCUCGAGUUGCAAGUCUCCAAGGAAGAUCUCUACCAAUCUUUCUGCCGAACCAUCGAGUCCGUCAACGUCAUCAUCUCCACCUACACCGACCCCGUCCUUGGUGACACUCAAGUCUACCCCGAAAAAGGUACCGUCGCUUUCGGUUCCGGUCUCCACGGUUGGGCUUUCUCCCUCCGACAAUUCGCCGGUCGAUACUCCAAGAAAUUCGGUGUUGACAAGAACAAGCUCAUGCCUAAACUUUGGGGUGACAACUACUUCAACGCCAAAACCAAGAAAUGGUCUACCACUGCUGCCGGCGGUGGUGAGAGAGCUUUCAACAUGUUCGUUCUUGACCCUAUUUUCAGACUUUUCGACUCUAUCAUGAACUACAAGAAGGAUGAGAUCCCCACCCUUCUCGAGAAACUCGAAAUCAGACUUAUCGGUGACGAGAAAGACCUCGAGGGUAAACAACUCCUCAAGACCGUCAUGAAGAAGUUCUUACCCGCAGGUGAUUCUCUUCUUGAAAUGAUUGUUAUCAACCUUCCUUCCCCCGUUACUGCUCAACGAUACCGAGUAGAGACCCUUUACGAGGGUCCUAUGGAUGACGAGUCCGCUAUCGCUAUCCGAGACUGUGAUGCCAAGGGUCCUUUGAUGGUCUACGUCUCCAAGAUGGUGCCCACCUCUGAUAAAGGUCGAUUCUACGCUUUCGGUCGAGUCUUCUCUGGUACCGUCUCUUCCGGUCCCAAGGUCCGAAUUCAAGGUCCCAACUUCGUCCCCGGAAAGAAGGAAGAUUCCGUUGUCAAGUCUAUUCAACGAACUGUUCUCAUGAUGGGUCGAUCUACCGAGGCUAUUGAGGACUGUCCCGCCGGUAACAUCAUCGGUCUUGUCGGUGUCGAUCAAUUCUUGCUCAAAUCCGGUACUCUUACCACCUCUGACACUGCUCACAACAUGAGAGUCAUGAAAUUCUCCGUAUCUCCCGUCGUUCAAGUCGCUGUCGAAUGUAAGAACGCCGCCGAUUUGCCCAAACUCGUAGAAGGUCUUAAACGACUUUCCAAAUCUGACCCUUGUGUCAAGACUUGGAUGGACGAGAAUGGAUCUAUCAUUGUUGCCGGUGCUGGUGAGCUCCAUUUGGAAAUCUGUCUUAACGAUCUCGAAAACGACCACGCUGGUGUCCCUCUCCGAAAAUCCGACCCUGUCGUCGGUUACCGAGAGACCGUCACUGCCGAAUCUUCCAUGGUCGCCCUUUCCAAAUCUCAAAACAAGCACAACAGACUUUACGUCAAGGCUGAACCUCUUGAUGAGGAACUUACCUUGGAUAUCGAGUCCGGUAAAGUCGCUCCUCGAGACGACCCCAAGAUCCGAGCUCGAUACCUCGCCGACACUUACGGUUGGGAUGUUACCGAUGCACGAAAGAUCUGGACUUUCGGUCCCGACACCACUGGUCCUAACGUCAUGUUAGACGGUUCCAAGGGUGUUCAAUACAUGAACGAAAUCAAAGAUUCAUGUGUUGCCGCAUUCCAAUGGGCUACCAAAGAAGGUGGUGUCUGUGAAGAGCCAAUGAGAGGUGUUCGACUCAACAUUCUCGACUGUACCUUACACGCCGAUGCUAUCCACAGAGGUGGUGGUCAAAUCAUCCCCACAUGUCGACGAGUAACAUACGCUGCUCAAUUGCUCGCCAAACCCGGACUUCAAGAACCCAUGUUCUUGGUCGAAAUCGCCGUUCCCGAAUCUGCUCAAGGUGGUGUCUACUCAUGUUUGAACGUCCGACGAGGUCAAGUGUUCUCUUCCGAACAAAGAAUCGGUACACCCAUGUACACCAUGAAGGCCUACCUUCCUGUAUCCGAGUCAUUCGGUUUCAACGCCGACUUGCGAGCUGCUACCGGUGGACAAGCGUUCCCUCAAGCUGUAUUUGACCAUUACGCUUUGAUCAACGGUGACCCCACUGAAGUUGGAUCCAAGACCAACGACCUUGCCGUCAAGAUCCGAACCCGAAAAGGUCUCAAACCCGACGUACCUUUAUACGAUCACUUCUACGACAAACUUUAA